AUGGACCGAUGGGGAGUCCGGCAUGUAGUCACCUCCCCGCACUACCCACAGUCUAAUGGUCAUGCCGAGGCAACAGUGAAGACCGUCAAACAUCUCAUAAUGAAAGUAGCGCCCUCCGGCAAUAUUGACUGUGAAGAGUUCGACCGAGGUUUAUUGGAACUUCGCAACACUCCCAACUUCACUGGACGCUCACCGGCCCAGAUCCUCUUCGGACGUCCACUAAGAUCUUGUGUCCCUGCCCACCCGCACUCCUUCUCCGAGGACUGGCAGGCCAAGGCUGAAGACUGCGACCGCCGUGCAGCUGCCCGUGCCAAGGAUUCUACAGCUCGGUACGACCAGCAUGCCCACCCUCUUCCUAGGCUGAAGAUUGUCCAGCACGUCAGGAUCCAGGACCCGACAUCCCACCGCUGGGACAAGGUCGGGGUCAUUAUGGGCAUCGGCAGGUUGAGGACCUAUGAACAAUAA